UUAUCUACUGGCUAGUGAAAUUGUACAAUUUUAUCACGAAGGCUGGAGAAGAUAUAUUAGCGUUUAUAACUUUUUUGAUCUAGCUAGUAUUAUUAUGCCUUUAGCUGCUUAUACUGUUACAUGGGUAAGGGAAUCUAGAGGAACUGUACCAAUAAAUCAGGUACAACAGUCAACAGUGGCUAUGUCCUUCACUAUCUUGGUUUUAUGGAUUGAAAUGUUCUUGUUACUUAGAUAUUUCGCGGUAACAGGGAAUUUUAUUUAUAUAAUUAUAAAUAUUGUACGUAACGUCUGGCCCUUCAUCGCAUUCAUGGGUAUUGUGGUACUUGCACACGGACAUGCGAUGUACUUGUUACUUCGUGAACCAGAAAAAAUUGGACUUGAACCGGAUGGUACACAAUUUGAUUUACAAGAUAAUAAUGGAAUAAAGACUGGGACGAUUCAUCAAACGUUUGAUUUAAAUAAAGCAACAGACAAUUAUUUUGCAAAUUUUGCUCAAUCCGUAGUAGCUGUUUAUUUUUGGAUUAAUGGACGUUGGGAUCAAUUACAACAAUGGAAUUUUUGGCCUGUUAGUGUAUUGAGUUUAAUCGCUAGUGUUAUAUUAGUCAUUAUUAUGCAAAAUAUGUUAAUCGCUUUUAUGUCGUAAGUAUAUUUAACGUAUAGAAAAUUAUAAAGAUUAUUUAUUUCACGAAGGAAUUUAUUAAAAUUUUUUUCUUAUUUAAUUUAGGGGUGUAUUCGAUGAGGCUAAGUCUGAAGGUAGAUUAGCAGUAUUAAAAUAUCGUUCCGAUUUAAUCGCAGAAUAUGAAAUAUUAGAAAAACCAUUUGGAGAUACAAAAGGAAAUCCAAGACAUAUAU